CUGCGCGGUCCGUUGCCAGGCUACAGCUCUCUCAGUAGCUAGUUAGCUGCUAACUGCUAACAGACUGAACACACAGCCGUUAUAUCCGGUAACAACAACCCGGUAAUAUCCCGGUAAUAACCCUAACCCUAACCCUAACCCGGUUUUAACCCGUUAUCAGACGGACUCCGGAGGCUCGUUUAUCCGGUGAACCGGCGGUUCGGUCGGUAGCUGGAUGCUAGUCUCUGUUGUAACGGUACCGAGGUAGCUGGAUGUCGGUAACCGGUAACCGGUAACCGGUAGCGUCCUAUGGAGCGGGCUGACCGGGACAAACACACAGAACUACUGAAAAACCAACAAUACGACGAGAGUCUCGAGAUCACCGACCAGGAGGAGAUAGACAGCGACUCCAGCCACAGACAGUCAGAGAGGAGGGGGCGUGGCCUGAUGUCAGCUGACAGCGAGGACUAUGACGAGGACCAGAUGCCUCAGAGGGGCGGCGAGCUGAGCGGCGAGCUGAGCGGCGAGCUGAGCGGCGAACCGGCCGGCGGGGUCAGUCCCAACGAUGAGGAAGAGGAGGAGGAGGAAGAGGAAGAGGAGGACUCUGAUGAAGAGGACUCUGAUGAUGAUGAGGAGCCCGGCGAGGCUCCGGAGGGGGCGUACGACCCGGCGGACUACGUCAACCUGCCCGUCACCACGGACAUCAGAGAACUCUUCCAGUACAUCACACGAUACAGUCCUCAGUCUCUGGAGCUGGACCACAGCCUGAAGCCCUUCAUCCCCGACUUCAUCCCCGCCGUGGGGGACAUCGACGCCUUCCUCAAGGUGCCGAGGCCGGACGGGAAAGCGGACAGUCUGGGUCUGCUGGUUCUGGACGAGCCCAGCGUGAAGCAGUCGGACCCCACGGUGCUGUCGCUGUGGCUGUCAGAGGAGAGCAAGCAGCACGGAGCCACCCAGCUGCAGAAGGUGACGAGCGUGGCGAGUCCUCAGACCAACCCUCGUGCGUUGGACAGCUGGGUGGAGUCUAUCGGCGCACUGCACCGCUCCAAGCCGGCGGCGAGCGUUCAGUACGGCCGCCCGAUGCCGGACAUCGACAGCCUGAUGCAGGAGUGGCCCGGCGAGCUGGAGGAGCUGCUGGGCCGCCUGCAGCUGCCGCCGGCCCGCCUCGGCUGCGGCCUGGCCGAGUACGCCGACGCCGUCUGCGCCUUGCUGGACGUCCCCGUCUACGGCGGCCGCGUCCAGUCGCUGCACCUGCUGUUCAGCCUCUACCUGGAGUUCAGGGACUCGCAGCACUUCACCCGCAGAGCCUAGAGCUGCGGCAGGAAGUGAUGUCACAGGCUCCCGGUCUGAAGUCUGGCUGCUGGUUUAUAGUCCUUAUAUAUAUAGUCCUUGUAUGUCCUCCAUGUCCUCAAUUUGACUCUGUCCUCUUUAUACGUCAAACUGUCCAAUAAAACACAGUUCUAUACAGUC